AGUUACGGAGGCGGAGGAGGGUAUGGCUCUCGCGGCGGCAGCGGCGGUGGCGGCGGCGGUUACAGUAAUGGAUACUCCAACGGCAACGGCUACUCGAACUCAAACGGCUACUCAAACGGCACUAACGGUUCUUACGGCGGCGGCGGCGGCGGCGGAUACGGGGGCUCCAACUCCUACGGCGGUGGCGGCGACAAGAUGUCCAGCCUUGGUGCUGGACUCAAGACUCAAACCUGGGAUCUGAAUGCUAUGCCGAAGUUUGAAAAGUCGUUCUACAAAGAGGAUCCUGCCGUGGCUGCACGCUCACAAGCCGAGGUCGAUGCAUUCCGCAGAGAACACCAAAUUACGGUACAAGGUCGCGACGUGCCGAAGCCGGUGGAGACCUUCGACGAGGCUGGCUUCCCGGGAUACGUCAUGAACGAAGUCAAGGCGCAAGGUUUCUCAAAGCCCACCGCGAUCCAAUCUCAAGGCUGGCCCAUGGCUCUCUCCGGUCGUGAUGUCGUCGGUAUUGCCGAGACCGGGUCUGGGAAGACGCUCACCUACUGCUUACCCGCCAUCGUCCACAUUAAUGCUCAGCCACUUCUUGCACAGGGUGACGGUCCGAUUGUCCUCAUCCUAGCACCUACCCGUGAGCUAGCCGUUCAGAUCCAGGAAGAAGUCAGCAAAUUCGGAAAGUCCUCAAGGAUACGAAACACCUGUGUCUAUGGCGGUGUUCCGAAAGGUGGACAGAUCCGCGACCUCGCUAGGGGCGUUGAAGUGUGCAUCGCCACACCUGGACGUUUGAUCGACAUGCUCGAGUCAGGCAAGACCAACCUCCGUCGUGUAACUUACCUGGUGCUUGAUGAGGCGGACCGCAUGCUCGACAUGGGUUUCGAGCCGCAGAUCCGCAAAAUUAUCGGCCAGAUCAGACCUGAUCGUCAGACCUGCAUGUGGUCCGCUACCUGGCCGAAGGAGGUUCGCCAGCUGGCCUCAGACUAUCAAACAAACUUCAUUCAAGUCAAUGUCGGCUCGCACGAUCUGCACGCUAACAUGCGCAUCACGCAAAUCGUUGAGAUCGUGUCGGAUUUCGAGAAGCGCGAGCGCAUGCAGAAGCACCUUGAGCGCAUCAUGGAGGACAAGAACAACAAGAUUCUCAUCUUCACCGGCACAAAGCGUGUCGCUGACGAUAUUACUCGCUUCCUUCGUCAAGACGGAUGGCCAGCGCUUUCGAUUCACGGCGACAAGCAGCAGAACGAGCGCGACUGGGUUCUCAAUGAAUUCAAGACGGGCAAGAGCCCAAUCAUGGUUGCCACCGAUGUGGCUUCCCGUGGCAUCGACGUCAAGGACAUUACGCAUGUGUUCAACUACGACUACCCGAACAACUCGGAGGACUACGUCCACCGUAUUGGGCGUACAGGGCGUGCCGGCCGCAUGGGCACUGCCAUCACCAUGUUCACUACUGACAACUCCAAGCAGGCUCGUGACCUAGUGAGCGUUCUUUCUCAGGCUAAGCAGGAGAUCGAUCCGCGUCUCGCUGAGAUGGCUCGCUACGGCGGCGGCGGUGGCGGAGGAGGAGGCCGUGGGUACGGUGGCGGUCGCGGAGGUGGCCGUGGUGGUGGUCGUGGCGGCUGGACUGGCAGCAACACGGCACCAAUCGGUGGAAGCCGUCGGUGGUGAGGCUCUGGCGAGCCACAAAGCUGAAGCCAACACAAGUGACCAAAGCUGGCACGGAGCGUUUUAAAAAUAAUGGCGUUCGUUAACGGUACACUCGGCAGCUGUCAGUGGGACAUGAUAUCGAGGAGGAGUUACUCAUGCGAGGCAUUGCGACGGCAGGAAAACUUGGCAGGAAAGGCAGUUGCGGCGACGUAUAGAUUGCUUUUCAAUAGAUUGCUUUCCAAUAAUGGCAUGAUAGACGUGGGAGCGCUCAGGAAUUGAGCGCUCAUAGGCAUUCAUAACGCGUUCUUGUUUCUUGCUUCCGAAGUAGUUCAGAAGUGUCAAUCUCCGC